GUGAGGAAGUUAGUGGGCGAUGACCUCAUGUGUGAGGGUUUUAGGAAGUAGAAAUUUUUACUAUCGAGUGAGGCCCUAGUUUGAGACAGGGAGCGAAAUAAAUACUCCUCAACUGGUAAAAGAAGCAACAUGGCCUCUGCUGAUGUAGACCUGGACAUCCAUGAGGAAGACAUACCACUGCAACCAGGAAGGAGACAGGCUCCUGCGCCGCCUAGUCUGAUCCGAUAUUACCAGGCUUCAGAGAUGCUCCCAGAAAAAAAAGGGGAACUGCACAACUUGCUGCAGAAACAACCAGCUGUGUUGGGGUCUCUGCAGCUAAUGAGCGGCAUCCUCAGUGUUGCCAUGGGGAUUCUCUGUGCUGCAACACACGAUAUACAUGAUACCUAUUUCAUACUGUUUAGAGUCCCACUGCUGACUGGAAUCCUUUUUGUAAUAGUGGGGCUCAUUUCCAACUUGCUGUUCAAAUACCCGCUGUUACUGAAUGUCUCAUUUGCCGUUAACCUGGGCUGCAUUGUUGUAGCCUUAUUCGGAGCCAUUCUAACAAGCGUCGACCUGGCUCAGUGGCAACUAGGAGACGAUCCGUUUUUUAAAAUUGAAGUGCUGGGGCUGUGCGUGUUGGGACUCGAAGUACUACUCUCUGUAGUCCUUUGCUACUGGCUCUUCAAAGAAAAAAAAGGAAAAUGAAUAAAAGGAUAAAAUAAGUUAAUUGUGUACAGAGAAGCUAAUUGUGCAUAGAAAAAAGGGGAACAGAAGGCUUUAGAGCGGCCAGUGACAACUUAUAUGCUUUCAUGUGUGGCUUUGUGUCUGUUGCCUUUGCUGAAGGAAGAAGCCCCUGCAGCUCAGCCCAGGUUGUGGUCUGCGUCUGAUGUUUUGACUUGGAUUGCAAAAUGCAAGAACUGUGGUAACAAAUGUCAGCUCCCCUCAUAUGAAGGCAAAAACCACACCUCAUGGUCCUCGAACUAUAUGCACCUCUUUUGGUAACGGCAGUAGUGGGUCUCCCUUUGCAGUUCUUUGUCUCUUCACGCAGAGGGCUCUGUGUGUGUGGUUUUGAGUUCACACUCUAUUAUCAGUGGAAAUAUCUGCCACUUGGUCUCAGGCGUAGAGUCACAACACUCUUAAACCUCCAUUAGCCAAAAACGUUUACAGCAAUUUUCAAUGUAUUAGACAAAGAAAUGCCAAAACAGCUUGAAUCUUUUUAUUAAUCUGUACAAACAUGUAAACUGAAAAUCACAAGAAUACAACCAUGCAGCAUUGUCCGAAACGGUCCGCUACCUUAUAUGUAAAAUACAUCUACAAUAUAAACACAUACUAUCUUGUUAUAUCAAAUGUACAGACCUCUGAAGUACCAUGACGAAGACAUUUAUUCAAAUAUCAUGUGUUAGUGGGUUUUUGUUUAAUAAAGUCUUAGUGCUCCAAAA